AUGGUCGAGCUCGAUCAUUUCGACGUCCAUAUCAUUCAAGAUGACCAGCCUGCCAAGGAGCAUCUGGACAGCCAGGCAGAAGAGACUGCUACUUCAGCGACGAGAUAUGCAGAGAUCAGGGAAGACAAGAAUUUCGAAAUCAGGUUGACAGUGAAAGAGACCUUCCGCCUUGAUGAUUUUGAUGCUCUCUCCGUCGAGAUCACCUUUGACGGCGAACAUGCUGGUGCUCUGUGUUAUCCGAGGGCGCAUUUCACCCUAGGCAAACCAUAUACCGAUUCUGUGGCAGGUUUCUCAAAGCUCGUUGACGGGAAAACAAUUAUGAAGAACUUCUAUUUUGCUGAGACAGCUACUAGACAUGUCACAAGCGACGAGCAACUGGAUGACCUUCGAGAGAGAUUCAAAGACCAGGGCUCGAUUCGGGUUGAGAUCUCUAGAGUGUCCGGAUACUCAUUCAUAAGGACGGAGAACGACGAAGAAGACAAUCAGGACAAGAGAUAUCCUAAGAGUCUGGUCAAGGAGAACGGAUCUACUUCCAAAGCCAGCUUCACGACGACGGAAAAGCAUGAGAUUGUGUACACUUUCGCCACAACUAAAGAGGAGAGUCCCAUGGCAACUUUCUGUUUCAAGUACAGGACUAUUGGCAAGUUUGCAAGACUGACUGCUGAGUAUCCAGGAGAAACUAUCGUCAUUGAAGAUGACAUGGAUGUUGCAGCCGAGAACGAGAGACUUAAGCAAGAAGUCGGGGAACUUCGUGCCAGAGUGAAGAAAGAGGAGGCUGAAGACUACCGAAAUACACGGCAGAGGAAGCGCAAACGACUUGAGGUUGCAAAUGGAGGAGAGGUUGAGAUGAUUGAUGAAAGACCCGCAACCCGUCGAAAGCCCGCUAGUGAGGAUGAAGUGGUUGUGCUUGAAGAUUAA